GAGCCGGGCCGGGGAGGGGGCGGCCCGGAGCGGCGCUGCCGGGAUGGGAGCGUGAGAGGGGCCAGUCCGUGGCCCGAGGAGCUGCGGUCUGUCGCCGGGGCUGCUGCCGGAGGGCUCGGACCCGCCAUGGAGCCGGUGACCAGGUGGAGCCCGAAGCAAGUGGUGGACUGGACUAAGGGCCUGGACGAUUGCCUGCAGCAGUAUGUCCAUAAAUUUGAACGAGAGAAGAUAAAUGGUGAGCAGCUGUUACAGAUUUCUCACCAGGACCUUGAAGACUUAGGGAUCUCACGGAUUGGACACCAGGAACUGGUUCUAGAGGCUGUGGAUCUCCUGUGUGCACUGAACUAUGGUCUUGAAACAGACAACAUGAAGAACCUGGUUCUCAAGCUGCGAGGGUCAUCCAACAAUCUGCAAAAUUACAUCAGCAGCCGCAGGAAAAGUUCGAAUUAUGAUGGAAACACYUCUCGCAAACCCCCCAACGAAUUCCUUACUUCUGUUGUAGAUCUUAUUGGUGCUGCUAAAGCCUUGCUUGCAUGGUUGGACAGGACCCCAUUUACAGGUAUUGCUGACUUUUCAUCAAUGAAGAACAGAAUCAUUCAGCUCUGCUUGGACCUCACUACUACUGUUCAGAAGGAUUGCACUGUGGCUGACAUGGAAGAUAAAGUCCAGACUGUGGCCAAGACUCUAAAUGGCAUUUGUGAUAAAGCCAUCCGAUCAACUACAGACCCACUGAUGAGCCAGUGUGCAUGUCUGGAGGAGGUCCACUUAACCAACAUUAAACCUGGGGAAGGCCUGGGAAUGUAUAUCAAAUCAACUUAUGAUGGAUUGCAUGUAAUUACUGGAACUACAGAAAACUCUCCUGCUGAUCGCUCUCAGAAGAUUCAUGCUGGUGAUGAAGUGAUCCAGGUUAAUCAGCAAACUGUGGUUGGAUGGCARCUAAAAAAUCUGGUGGCAAAGUUGCGAGAGAAUCCUGCUGGAGUUAGGCUGCUGCUUAAGAAACGUCCCACUGGCUCUUUUCAUUUCACUCCUGCUCCACUGAAGAACCUGCGCUGGAAACCACCCUUGGUGCAGACCAGUCCUCCACCUCCUCCGACUUCAACUCAGUCACCAGAAAGCACCGUGGAUACCUCACUGAAGAAAGAGAAGCCAGCUAUUUUGGAUCUGUACAUCCCCCCGCCACCAGCUGUUCCAUAUUCUCCUCGAGAUGAAAAGGGGAGUUUUGUGUAUGGAGGAGGCAACAAACGCAGUCAGCCACUACCUGGCUCCAAGGGCGCCGAGUCUCCCAAUUCUUUUCUGGAUCAGGAGAGCCGAAGGCGAAGGUUUACUAUUGCUGAUUCUGAUCAGUUGCCUGGGUAUCCCAUGGAAGUAAAUAUCCUACCAGCCAAGAUGAGAGAGAAAACACMGUCCUAUGGAAAACCUCGUCCUUUGUCAAUGCCUGCUGAUGGRAGCUGGAUAGGAGCUGCAGAACCCUUCUCUAGGCCACGGGGAUCAGGAAGAAAAGGUGACGAUGUCCUCUGCAGGUACUUCAGUAACGAAAGGAUACCCCCAAUCAUUGAAGAAACCCCCACCACACAGCACCCUCUCUCCAGGCCAGUGUCUGACAAGCACUUAGUGAGGGGAACGGAUUAUAUUCGAGGCAGCAGAUGUUUUGUGAAUACAGACCUCCACAACAGUGCAACUAUUCCUUUUCAAGAGGAAGGUGCUAAAAAAUCAUCGGUUACAUCSUCCACAAAAUCCUCCUCGACAGAGCCCUCGCUGCUGGUCAGUUGGAUCACAAGACUGAAAUUGUUGACUCACUGACUGCUGUCCCCAGUGCUGUUACCAAGUGCCUUUGCUCGUUGGUCAGGCUUCUCUACUUUGCAGCUUAACUGACACACAGUGACUAAUGCAGUAUUCUUUUCCUGGAGAAUCUUACAUUUUUGCCUUUUUGUUUGUCAUUUUUGAUGGAUCAGAGGGUUUCAUAAUGCAAGGAGGGAAGAAAGAUAAAGAUCCAGUUCCUCUUCCUGGCCAAAAGCUGGAGGCAUUUAUUCCCGUGGAAAUGAGUAAAAUUUCAGUGAGGCAGAGGCCGCACAUGACCUGGGAAAUGCAUAAUGACUCAGAGGAAAGCAAAGCAUUACUGUGAAGUCCAGUGGCACUUUAGUUGAAUGCUCAGAGGCUGGUGUGACCAGCUGGGUGUCMGAGUAUCCAGAGCUCACAGAAGUCGUGUCACUCUCCUGACCAGGACAGUAAGCAGGGAAACAGCAAUUUUGUGCAACUCAGUGAUGCUGUUUCAUGUACUGCAUAAGAUCAGCCUUGUGAGGAAGAAGUAGAAGUGUUACUGUUCUUUCUCUGAUGUCCAGAGUUCCUAUGAAGUCUUAGGGAGAGAGUUCUCUUAUUCAGAGAUUUUAAGAAGUUGGACUAAUUUAAUUAUAAAUCAAUCCAACCUUAUAUAUAAUCUAUUUUAUUGAAAUCACAAUACDAAUAAGGAGCACUGAACAACUGCAGUGCUCAUCUGUAGAGGUAUAUGGAUUGCUACAACAUGCCAAGGAAAUGCAUCUGUAGAGGUGGUAAAAGAAUAUAUAUUUUUCCUUAAUUGUUUAAGAAUGACUUGCUGUUAACCAAAGUAACCUUUUAAAGAUAGUCCUGUUGGACUUACGAGAACUUUUYCAGUGGUUCAGUUUUUGAAUGAUGUGUUGUUUUUAUGAAAGAUAUGUGCUAUCAUACACUACAAUUGUAAGACAUCUUGCUAUUUUCUAUAUAGCUCUAAUUUUUGCCCCUCCAGRAUUUUAAAGUAGCAUUGGGUAUUUUGGGAGGAAAAUAAAACUUGUUUAACAAAAGAGGAGGAUAUUAAAGAGCUAUUGUUUAAGAAGGAAUGUACAUAAGAUUGCUAGUAUGCAAACWGUUGUGUUUGAAGUUAUUUAAAUGUUAAAUAUAGUUGUAUAUAUUUUUACAUUUAAACAGAUAUAGUUUCUACCUUCCUGUAUUGCAGUAUUGGGCACAGCUUAGUCAAAUGAAAAGAAAAUAAGAUUUUGUAUUACCUUCUAAUUAYAAGACUAACUAUUUUUGUAGAUGGUACAUUGCCAGCAGCCUUUACGCCUUUGGUCUUGCUAUAAAGAAGGAUUUAUACUUAAUAGUUGGUGGGGAAAGAGGGAAGUUAAAUGCUAGUUUGCACUUUGGACUGGGGCAGGAAUCACAUGUGAUAACAGGAGUGUUAAAAGCAUGCUGUCAUUCUGUCUGUGACGAUGUGACCAUUCUGCUGCAACAAGCUUAUGAAGCUGCGUUACAGCCCCACAGAGAGGCAGGGUGUUUAAUUCAUUUCUCAAUUAAUUAUGUUUGAUUGUGAUUCACUGAUGAAUGGGGGGGCUGGUUUGGACCUUUCUGAUCAAAGCAAGUUAUACUACAUCUGUUUUGUGUCACUCUACUCCACUCCCUGAGAUGGCAUUCUGUGCUAGAGGCAUGACCAGAACUGCUGCUGUGCAGUUCAACCCUACAACAGUUUGGUCCUGCCUCCARAGAAAGGGCUGAAACUGCCAUGUUGUAGGCUCUGUGGUGUGGCAUAGCUCAGCCUUAAAUUGGCUGAACUGUUCUAAAGAUGUUGUCUGAACAAGAUUUUUAAAAUGGAAAUUUUCCUCAUCUUCACUGUUGUUUUUUCUGUACUUUAAAAAUUAAUGGGGACCAUUAUGCUUAACUUCUUAGUGUGUAUAAUGAAUAUAGAGGAUGCUCUACAGUUUAGGGAUAAAAAAAGGUCCCACAUAUCUAGAAGUAAAUCACAGCUGGUGUCUUUCUGGCUUAACCUGAGAAAAAUUCUGCUAUUAUGCAAAAACUUGGCUCAUCUUUUGAUGUUGAAGAUACACGUAUCUCUCCUAUCAAAAACUAUGUCUAGGCUGACUUCCCUAAWGAGUGCAAUGUACGUUUCCAGAUGUCCUGCCACAGUAGAGUACUCCACAAUACUCUGAAUAUUCUGUCAUGGUGACAAAACAAUGCAGUUAAUUGGAAAAGAUCAUAAAGCCCACAAAAAUGGAAAACUCAUGCAUAUGUGUAUAGUGAGGAAUGUGCACUUUUGAAAUCUUGAGCAGGCUUCUGUUUUAGUCUGUAGAAGAUGUGAAAGCCAGUACUUUGGUUUCCUUUAUAUUACCAUUGCAAGAAAAUCCUAUUUUGGAUGGUGAUGUGUGAGAGGAAAUAAGACAUAAAAAUUAAUAUUAAUGGCUUGUAGAGGCAGAGUUCAGGGCAAUUCUCCAAGCAAUGUGUUUCCUCUAGUGUUAUGGACAAUUAAAUUAAUCAGUGUUUGGAUUCUGGAUGACCAACAGAGGUGGACAGAAUACUGAGAGUAUUAUACAAAUGUUGUGCUAAUGAGCCGAUAACUUUUUCUUCCUCAUAAGCAGGGCUUGUUUUAAAAACAACAUGCUCCAUAUUCUUUGUGUUCAUUGAACAGAAAGGGGAAGAAAAUAAAAAUCCAAAACUUAACCAAACCAGAAAACAGAUGGUGAAGACUAGUUUUAUAGUUGGAGAGGAUAAAAAAUUUUCUUCUUGCAUAAAUGUUCUUAUUUUUUUUUUGCAAAUCUUACAUCCUGUUUUAUUACAUUGCCAGCAGGUAGUCUUCASAAACAAGCUCUGUACCUGCAACCACAUCCUGAAAAGACCAAGUUAAACCCCUUAUCAGGCUUUAACUUAGACCCUGAUGAUGAAUUCAGCCCAAACUUUUUUUUCCAGGUUUUGCUUCUCUAGGAGCUUUUCUGCAUUCAUCAUUCAGUUUAUGGAAUAUCUUACACUUGAUCUGGGCAGCAAGGCWUUUGUGUGCAUACAUUGUCAGAAAUGCCUUUGCCAGCAGGAUUGGUAUCUYAGAGGAGUGUGAAUGCUGGUUUCUGUCUUUGUUUUCUGCACGAAAAUAUUCUUCUCCCAGUUUCCACUGUACACCCUAGUGCACCAUUUCRAAGUGUGAGAUAGAAAUGGUCAUGGACAAUUGGAGAGGUGUCCUUUGGAGUGUCCUGACUUUGUUCUGAUGUCUUCUGUGUCUGUGGCUUCCUUCGUCUCUGUAACCUGAGCUUUACUUUGCACAUGYUGUGGUUAUGGAGCACAUGUUCUUUGUGGCUGUCACAUGGGAAUGCUUUAGUCACCUUAGAAGCUAUAGGGUUUUUAUUAUGGACAAGAGCUCUUGAGGAAGCCACUGACAACCCAGCAUGUUCUGUGAUUCACUUAAAAUGUAAAAAGAGCACUCCAAAAAACCUGAGUUUGGAGAAUGAGAAAAGAGGGGCCAGGCUAAGCUAAACAUAUGGGUCUGUGUUGUGUUGAAUGCUGCUUCAGCUGCGUGGCAGUAAAUCUGCAAAGAAAACACCCCACACAAACAACUGCUGUGUGCACAUUUGUUUGUACCAUUACACUGGUAUGAUGCUAGAAUAUGAAACAAGGGCAGUCGUUCAAAGUAGUUAUAUAUAGCUCCACACGCCACACUUGAGCUGUGAGAUGUAUGACAAAAGCAGUCAGGAGCUGCUGUCAAUAAGUAAUUUCACCAAAGUCUGCUGCCURUGCUGCUGCUGUAUCAGUUUAAAAUAGUAACCUCUCUUUGUCCUGUUUCCUUCACAAUGCAAACCCAGCUCUCUGGCAAGUCCCUAACCAUCAGUUUUGGGUUUAUUUGUGAUAGUUAGCAACUGCUGGUAAGAUUGUGUCAUUCCCACAGGGUUUCUUGCAGUGGUCCAAAAACUUAGUUUGGGUUAUUGUGGACUUAAUCCAAAAGUGGAAAGUCAAAUUUGAUAAUGGUGUUACUGAUCCAGUAUCACUUGGAUUUGGGAUUUUUUUAAAUACAUACUAAAUAUGAAACAGACAGUUGUCUGUUUCACAUACUUUGCCAGUAUGAGGAAAAAUGAGGAUUACAUACUUCAUGGAGGAAAAAAACCCAGACCUCUGGGUGUCCUCCAGUUCCUGCCAGUGGGAGAAAUGUGUUUGUUUUAGCAUGACAUAGAAUAGAUGUAAACAUUUCUUUUUAAACCUCCCUGUGUGGUCACCUCAGUUAUUCAGGAUGAUGUAAGCCACUGACUUUCUCCCUUAAGUGGUUAUGAAGUUAACCCAGUAUAUUUUUUGGGGAGAAGGCAAAGAAUUCUUUUCUAGGCAAUUAUGUGAUUGAUUAACAGUGUAUGGAGACAGAGGAAUUAAGCAUAAAGUGCCAGAGAGUGCCGAGUUACAGGGAGAAUCCUUGGGGUCAGUUUAUGGUUUCUGUUUGCUCUUUGGGCCCUGGUGAGGGUGAGUGCAUGGUGACAGCUCGACAGCAGCCAAGGAAUCAGAGGGCAACUCCASUUUACUGUGCCAUCUUCACCAAAGUGGGUUAGUUGCUUGAGCUGUUUUGUUGGUUGGUUGUUUCCCCCACCUACUGAAGGAGUGUAGACCUCCUUCAGUACAAAUGAGCCAGAGUAGGAACUSUUGGAAUGUACCUGUGGAGCAAACCUGAGAAGAUCUGAUGGAGCACUGGGCUGUGCUUGCUGAUGGUGCUCAGCCACCCCCUGUUGGAUGAGCUUGGGGAGGGCCUUUGCAGGUAAGGAGCCUCAGACCUUUGUGACUUGGCUUAGAGGCUUUUUUGUUUAGGCAGUAUUUAUUGAGAAGCAUAAAAUAUGCCACUUUCUAAACUGAUAUUUAAUGUUUUGACUGUGUAGUUAAUGUUUUCUUUUUCCCAAGUUAUUCCAUGCUUCUUGGUGCUACUUAUUAAUGUAUUUUUCUCCUUCAUCCCCCAUUAGCUGUUUUCAGUACAAAUGAAAUCCUCCCAUAUUUCCUGUGAAAAUGUUUGUAAUGCCAAGUAGUCACAAAUGAGCCAUAAAAUUUUAAUCUGUAAACUGUAAAAGAACCCCAAUCAAACAAAACUCCAAAACACAGGAAAAAACUUAUCUUUUCUGCCGUGUGAAUAGCAACUUCAAAAAUAAUAAUGAAUAAUAACAAAACUUAAGGAUUUUGAUCCAGGUAAAAGAUCAGCCAGAUUUUAAUGGCUGCAUCUUGGGUGAUUUGAUUUUAUUACAUGAUACUAGAAAGUAGGGGCUGUARUUCAGGUAUUGCAGAUUCUUACAGAGCAGCUGUGAUGUUCUGUGUCUCCACAGAAGAUGACCAAAGGCUGUCUUAGGUGUAACACAAUUCUAGCUGAGACUCUUUGCCAAGCCCACUGAAUGUCCCAUUGAACACACAGAAGUCUUAAUAUUUUCUGGCAUAGUCCUUGACCAUUCUGUUUUCUGGCGGGAAGUUGGUGUAAGUUCCUAUAAGUCAAUAGGAUAAGUACAAAAUAAAAUUAUGCCCAAAAUUAAUUAUUUCCCUUUUCAUCUGUUCUUCUUCCUCCCUGACCUCCUCAUUAUAUUGGGGCCAAGGGACUUUCCAAGAAUUUAUUGCACAAACAAACAGCUAUAAAGCCUUUAAUAUUUAUAGCAYAAUCAGUUUGUUUUGAUGUCUGAGAUAGUUUUGGCCAGAGCCUUCCAGCAAAAAUAAUGCUGCCCACAAGAAAAUAUUUCCAAGCUCUUGAUUCCUUUAAGAAUUCCUCUCUGCUUUGUAAACUGUUGGCUUAGACUCUACUUUGAAGCUACUUAGACCACCCCAGGCAGUCCUUGGUCCUUUAGGUCUAAACACAUUGGCUUCUUAUYACUGGUUAGGAAGAAAGGAGUGUUUUUUCUCCUUUUUCAGARUUUUGUGAUUCUGGGUUCACAGGUUGCAUUGGAGAGAUGAGGGUGGACCUCCUUCCCUUCCCUGUCUGCCCUACCCUGUUGUCUGUGCAGGUGGGGUGGAGGGAC